UCCUCGGUUGUAUAAGCAGUCGCCUUGUUAUGACACAUCCCCAAAUGUGGUGUACGUGUUGGAAAUCAGAUUCCACUCAUCCCUAGAGUAAGUUCGCCUGGAACUUUCUGGACGGGACUCUUGGUACCACUGUGGUAUCCCUUUCCUGCACCUGGUCCACCUUCGAGUGAGAAGCAUGGAGGCAGGGGGAUUAGACGUGGCAGCAGGUGCCCCACUCGUAGAGCCAUCCUCAAGUCAAGGUGGGAGCGAUGAGAGUGCACAGACUGCAGCUAACCAGAGCUCAGCUGAUAGCCCAACUGAAAGCAGAAUGAAGAGGCUAUUUGGCUUUGAGAAAGAGGACCUGUCCUCCUGGCAACGAUUUGUGUGUCUCUUGAAUCGGCCCACCGACCCAGCCUCCCUCGGAAUCUUCCGCUUCUUGUUUGGGAUGCUGAUGGCUGUUGACAUCACGCAGGAGCGAGGCCUGAGUCACCUGGACUACAAGUUCCUGGAUGGGGCUCCAGUGUGCCGCUUUCCCCUGUUCAACUUUCUCAAGCCUCUUCCCCUGGACUGGAUGUACUUGGUCUACGUGAUCAUGCUAAUAGGAGCGAUUGGCAUCAUGCUUGGAUGUUUUUAUCGCCUUUCGUGCCUCAUGUUCAUAUCCACCUACUGGUACAUCUUCUUCCUGGACAAGACUGCCUGGAACAACCACUCCUACCUCUACGGCCUCAUUGGCUUCCAGUUCACUCUCAUGGAUGCUAACAGAUACUGGUCAAUUGAUGGACUGUUUAAUUCAAAGAAGAGGAAUGCUGAUGUUCCACUGUGGAACUACACACUCCUUAGAACCCAGAUAUUCCUAGUAUACUUCAUUGCUGGAGUUAAGAAGCUUGAUGCAGACUGGGUGGAGGGAUACUCCAUGGGAUACCUUGCUCACCACUGGCUCUUUGACCCUUUCAAGUUUAUACUCCCGGUCGAACUGGUCAGUCUGCUGGUGAUUCACGGAGGUGGCUUGAUACUGGACCUUACAGCUGGCUACCUGCUAUUUUUUGACUUCACGCGUCCCUAUGCAUUCUUCUUUGUCUCUUAUUUUCACUGCAUGAAUUCGCAGCUCUUCAGCAUUGGUAUGUUUGCCUACACCAUGUUGGCCACUAGCCCCCUGUUCUGCUACCCUGACUGGCCGAGGCGUUUCUUCGGCCACUUCCCAGAGUUCCUACAGCCGAUACUGCCUAUCACAUCACCUCUGUCCCAGACCAGUUCCUCGUGCGUCUACCCCAGCCCACCGCCAGCGUCUGCACCCCCACAGGAGGGCGCCAAAGCCCCCUCCAGACCCUCCAGCCCUGGACUAAAGCACAAGCUCUUCACCAUCUUCACCAUUGUUUAUAUCAUAGAGCAGAUCUGCCUGCCCUAUUCUCACUUCAUCACACAGGGCUACAACAACUGGACCAAUGGACUGUAUGGAUACUCAUGGGACAUGAUGGUUCAUUCACGAUCCCACCAGCAUGUUAAGAUCACUUAUCGAGAUGGAAUCACGGGGGACGUUGGAUACCUUAACCCAGGGGUGUUCACUCAGAGCAAGCGCUGGAAGGACCAUGGGGACAUGCUGAAGCAAUACGCCACCUGCCUCUACCAUCAACUCCCACACUACAACAUCUCUGAACCGGAGAUCUACUUUGACAUAUGGGUGUCCAUCAAUGAGCGCUUCCAGCAGAGGAUUUUUGAUCCUCGUGUUGAUAUAGUGAAAGCUGACUGGUCACCAUUUAAGCCAAACCCUUGGCUUAUGCCUCUACUGGUGGACCUGUCGCCUUGGAGGAAGAAGUUUCUGGACAUCGAAGAAACCCUCGAUAAUCAGACAGAGAUUGUCUUCAUUGCUGACUUCCCCGGCUUACAUCUGGAGAACUAUGUCAGUGAGGAUCUGGGCAACACCUCGGUGCAGGUGCUGCAGGGCCAGGUGAAUGUGGAGAUUCUGGAUGAAAAGAAGAACUACACUCUGCAGCCGGGCGAACAGAUGAAGCUUCCAGCGGGAGCCUACCAUAAGGUUCACACUGUGUCUGAGGGUCCAUCCUGCUACAUGUACAUCUAUGUAAACACCACGGAGGCCGCUCUGCAGCAGAACUUCACCAAGCUCUCUGAGCUGCAGGAGCGCAUUCGCAAUGGGACUGAGACAGAGCCUCUGCCGCCGGAGCUUGAGCCCCUCACGAUUGACAACGAGGACGGCCUCGCAGAGGUCAACGCCACUGACCCCAUCGUCCAGUUGUUCCUGAAACGACAGCGCCGGAUGAAGGAAGUAAGAAAGCGACGCGAGGCCAACGUCAUAGAGAGGCUGAAUCGGUUCGCCGUGAAAAAAUUCUACAUGCUGCGACGUGGGUUCCUGAUGACAGCGAUUGCCUUGCGCAACCUGGCCUUUGGGCUCCCUCCGUUGGACCAGCUACAGAGAGAGGUAGCAUACGCCAACAUGAAAGAGCCAGAGGCCCAGGCCAGUCAUGAGGAGAACUUAAAGGCCGAGGUGGGUCACGACGAACUCUAAGCCCCGAGGUCCAAACAGAACUUUGUUUGAGCAGAUCAGUGUUACUGACUUUGGCUGUUACGGACUGGUCGUAGGAUUGAGGCAUUUGGAACAUUCCGAAAGGUUUGAUGGGAGAUUUUUUGUUUUUCCAAGAAGCUUGUUUGUAAUGAUUUUUUUAUGGGUGACUUGUAAUAAUGUGAUGCAUAAAGAUUUUUUGUUUGAGAUGGAACGCGUUACAGAAAGCUGAAGUUUUAGAUGUUUUUUCCCUAAAUGAUAUGCUGUGCAUCCAUAAAAGAACAUGAGCUGGACAGUAUGGUCAGUCAUCAUGAGGCCUUUUACCUGCCUUUAAUCAUGGAAGAUAUGAAAAGAGGAAGACCCUCAGUCUGUGUCUGGGUGCGGUAAGAAACUGUAAAACAUGUAAACAUUUAUGGGUCUGACCAUAUCACAACAGAUACUGUUUAGAUUUGGAUAACAUGCAAGUAAUCUAGAGCGGUCCCAUGUGUAGUCCUGUAAACUUAAGCAUUCCAGAAGGUCAUUGAACUGUUAAAGUUACGAUCAAGCAGAAUAUGAACUGGUUCAGCGUCAGACUUGCACUAUUCGAGUAGUCUUUGCCUGGAAAGGAUUGUCAACAGACACUGUUGAUUUUUAUGGACCCAUCUUUGUCUUUUCAUUGAAAGUCUAGACAGUGGACAAUGCAUUAAUGUGACAUUUUAACAAAGAUGGGGAUGAUUUAUUGCUAAGAUUAAAGCAAAGGAACAAACAUUA